GUCGGUCCGUCUUCUUCCUCUCAUUAGAAGAAGAAAACUCUAAAAUCGAUCUUUCGAAGAGGACGAACAACCAUUGAAUUAGACUCUGAAUUUGCUUAAAUGGAUGAAGAGGUUGUGAUGGGUGAUAAUGAUGGAUCAAUCCUCAUUAAUAACACUGUCAUCAAGGAGAAUGAGAAUCCUAAUUUUCAUGAGGAAACUUUGCCCUUGCAUUCCCACCAAGCGUGUAAAGAUGAGUAUGAGCAUUCGUUGUGGGAGCAAAGCGUGGAAUCCUGUGGUAAGAAAAGUUUGUUUCUUGAGAAGACUAGAGAGAUUGCUGGUUUGCGUCAGGAGCUAGUGUUGAUUUCUAAGUUGCUUACGGGUCAUGAAAAAAGGGAUGAUGAUGCUUUGGGGGGUCAAAGAAGAGCUGAUCAGUUGCAAUUCAAACACUCUGGAAGCGUUGUUUCAGUAUCUGAAAAUGGAAAGCAUGUAGGAUCUGUCACGUUUGCGCCUGAGAAGUUGGAGGAGGAAUUGAGACAGUUAUCGCGUGAACAGUUGAUAAACUAUUUUAAGAAUGAGAUGGUUCAGUUGAAAAGAGAGCAUGAAUGUACGAUUCAUGAGAUGACUGAUGAAUACUUUAGCAUUAAGCGAAGGUACUUGAAGUUAGAGGAGUGUGGUUCAUUUUCAUCUUUAAAGAAGGACAAGGAGUUUGAUGUGCUGCGAAAGAAGAUCCCGGAUAUCAUUUUGAAGUUGGAUAAGGUACUGUUGAAAGGUGAGAAGACGGUGUUUGAAGGAAAGAAAGAUGUUGAUAUCAAGAGCCAAUUGGAUUCUCUUCUUCUAGAAAACAGCCAACUUAAAGAUUCACUUUUAGAUGCUGGCAAGAAGAUGUCACAUCUUUCUCAGGUUAAGGAAAAUCAUCUAUUUUUGAUAAGUAAGCUUGAGGCAUAUGUCGAAGAUUCACAUGUUGAAGCUUCUAUCCAUGAGUAUUGCGCGGUAAUAUACAAAGAAGCUUUGAAGGAAGCUGAUAAGAAACUGGGAGAAUUGUAUAUAAAUAUAUCAGAAAAAGAACAAGCUUUGAGAUCUGAGGUGCUUGAAAAGGAAAUACUACAAGAGGAAAUUCAUUUGUUGGAAUGUCAUGUUACGGAGAAAGAGAAUUUACUUCAGAUAUAUGUUAAUGAUUUGGCUACAAAGAGGGAGAAACUUGAGAUAGCCUCUCAACAAAUUAACAGUUUGCAAUAUCAGAUUGAGCAGCAGGCUAUAGUGAUUGAAGAUAAAAAGAAAGAAGUGAAAGCUGUUUUAGCUAGCGCAGUGGAGAAAACAGAAGGUUACGAGGUGGAGAUAUAUGAGUUGACACAGAAGCUGGAGUUAGCUAGAAACAAUAUAAAGAUAACUGAACAUGAAAAAAUGAAGUCCGAGCUUAAAUUAUCAUCAACAGAGGUAGAGCAAAAGAGGCUUAAGAGUCAGUUUUUAUCAUCGGUUAUGAGUCUUUCUAAGUGGAGCAAAGAUUUUGACAAUCUCGAGUGCAUGGUAGGAGAAAAGACGAUAAAGACAAGUUCUAGGCUAAAAAGUAUGCAAAGCCAAUUAAAUGAUCUCUUAGAUGAAGUUGAUGAACUCAAGGUGAGAGAAUCGAUUUUUAAGCAGCUACUAGAGAAGAAGACUUGUGACCUCCAAAAGGCUGAGACUGAGGUUGAUCUCCUUGGCAAUGAAAUCGAAUCUUUCAUGGACCUUCUUGAGAAAAUCUAUAUAGCUCUUGAUCAUUACUCUCCAAUUCUAAAGCACUACCCUGGCAUUAUCGAGAUCUUGAAGCUUGUCCGGAGAGAAUUAAGAGGCCAGUCAAAGAGACUAUCAGUCUUUUGACCAAGUUUCUAAUUAUGAUCAAAACAACUUCUUCACGCAAGUUUCAUUAGACUUAUGUUGUACAUAUCCAAACCUUCUGUCCAUGUAUGUUUUUCUUGUUGAGUAGGUAAGUUUAGAAACAACCAACUAAAGAUAGAACUUUAAUAACAAGAAUUGGAAUUUGACAACGAGA